AUGUCGACCACCACACGGAGGGCUGUGUCAUUCCAGACCCGACCUGUUCACCCGGCCUCCAGCCAAACGCCCGGGCAAGUGGGCCAACAGGCCUACCCCGAGCUGCACCUCCUUCUGCGCGUCUUGGACGCAAUGGGGCUCGACGACACCCAGCGCCCGCCUGAAGUGGUGCGGCAACAGAUCCAACCUACGUUGCCUACAAGGUGCCUGGGCAACGUGUGGCUGGUGGUGGCGGCCUCGGGCGCCGAUCUGAGCCGCGAUAGCGGCGCCCAGCAGGCGUGGGUGCGUCAAUCGCGCAGCAAUCGCCACUUUGAGGAGAUGGUGGGCCGGCUGGGAGCCGAUCGCAUCGUGUUCGUCGAGAACCCGCCCGAGCCUGCCGCCGCCGCCGCGGGAUCGGGGCGCGAGGAGGAGUUCAACGCGCAGCGCCGGGACGAGGCUCGGGCCGCGCUGCUGCGGGUCAUCACCGCCAACGCGCCGACGCGCUACACGAUCGCCGAGCUCGAACAGGCCCAGGAGGCCUACGAUCGCCAGUGCCGCAAGCUCGAGGCGAGGGCUGCCGACGAGGCGCGUCAAGUGAGGGAGGAGCAGGAGAGGGCGCAGCUCGAGCAGAGGCUGCGGGAGAUCGAGGAGCGGCUGCAGCGGCAGCUGGGGGAGCUGCGGGCGAGUCAGCAGCGGGCCGUGGAGCAGGCGGCCGUUACCUACGUCCAGCACAAGACGAGGGCGCUCGACGUGGUCAUGGAGGGCUUGCAGGUGGUCGGAAUGGUUGUCAGUGCCGGCAAGUGUUGCAAUAAACGAAUGACUUAG